ACACAUUCAAUUUUUUUCAUUUUCUCUAUUCUUAUUCACAUUCAAUUAAUUCUCUAAAAAUGGUGUUACAAGGUUCCAAAGAAGAAGAAACUGAACCUAUGGAAACAAGUCCCAAGAAACCCCUUCACAAUUUCACCUUCCCGUUCUUGAAGUGGGGAGCAAAAGGUGAUCGCCAUUCUUCAAGGUCUAAUCACUCCACACGAAAUCCACCCACCGCUUCACAACCCCAACCAAUCAUUUGCGAUUAUCCAAAAAAAGAAGAAGAAGGAAUCGAUGUGCUGAGAGAGAAGCCCGCGCUUGAUCUCAAAGCCGCUACUCAAACAACGAAAGAUGCCAUUUUCAGAGAUUUUGAAAAACAAGAACAACAAACUAAACCUCCGCUAACGGUAACGUCAGUGAGAAUUGACGGCGCCGUUAAUGUGUCGUCCACGUCGACAACAACAAAUACUGAUAUUAAUAUUAUUAAUAAUAAUAAUAAUGAUAAUAACACGGAAAGACCGAAAUUAUCCGUUCAGCUUUCGAGGAAGGAAAUUGAAGACGAUUACAUGGUAUUGGUGGGCCACGGCCCACCAGAAAAGCCCGAAGAAAGGCCCAAAGCUGUUCAGAAACACUUAGACACUCUUUUCCCUGGGUUAUGGUUAAGAGAGGUUGAUGAGAAUAUGUACAAGGUUGUUGAUACAAAUGAGGAUGGGAAAGGGAAAGGGAAAGGGAAGUGCAUUGAUGAAUCAUAAUAUUAGUUUUGGUGGAUAUAAUAUGGUUCAUUCUUUUGUUUAUAAGAAUAAUAAUACUUCACCUCAAAAAUUGUGGUUAAGACUUAAAGAGGUUGAUAAUGAUAACAUGUACAAGGUUCUUGAUACAAAUUUUGUUGUCAAGUGUCUAGUUUGUUUCUUAGUAUUGUUAAGUUUGGUGUAAAUUGAAUUUGACUUGUGAAUUACAUUGGAUCCUUGAUUUUUAACUUUGUCCCUCCAAAAUCGGUUUAAAUAUUGAGCUAUUUUAAUUUGUACUAG